AUGUCCGGUUCACUAAAUUCUAGAUGGGUUGUUCAAGUCUCUUUGACUAUAAUCAAUAUAAUUGGAUUUCUUGUAUUUCUAAGAGGUUUUUUCCCAUCCAAAGUUGUACUUCCGGGGUUCAACUCAUUUCAAGAUUCAACGAAAUCUCCAUUUUCUGAUCAAUAUGGAAACCCACAAUUCAACAAAUUUAUUCUUAUGGUAGUAGAUGCAAUGAGAUCUGAUUUUUGUUUCAGUGACAGAUCAAAUUUCCUGUUUUUGCACCAAUUGAUAAACCAAGGCCGUGCCUUACCAUUCACUGCCUUUUCCAAUCCACCAACAGUGACAUUACCACGUUUAAAAGGUAUCACCACAGGAGGUACACCAAACUUUUUAGACGCGAUUUUAAAUGUCGCUGAUGAUCAAGACGAUUCACAGGGAUUACAUAACCAAGACUCAUGGGUUCAUCAAUUUAGACAUUCAAAUAAUAAGACAAUAAAUUUUUUCGGAGAUGACACAUGGUUAAAAUUAUUUCAAGAUCAAUUUACAGAAUUUGAAGGGACCAAUUCCUUCUUUGUUAGUGAUUUCACUGAAGUUGAUAAUAAUGUGACUCGUCAUUUAGACGAUCAAUUGAGUAGUAACAAAUGGGAUGGGUUAAUUCUACAUUAUUUAGGAUUAGAUCAUAUUGGCCAUAAAGGUGGACCAGAAUCACCUUACAUGAAACCGAAACAAAUAGAAAUGGAUAAAAUUUUACAAAGAUUGUACACAUACGUCACCAAGAAUGACGAUACAUUGAUAGUUUUAAUGGGAGAUCAUGGGAUGAAUGAAAUAGGCAACCACGGUGGUUCGUCACCUGGUGAAACAUCAGCUGCACUUUCAUUUAUUUCUCCUAAAUUUAACCACAAAGGUGAAUCACCAUUACCGUAUAAUUCAGACUACUCGUAUCACCACAAAAUCAGCCAAAUCGAUUUAGUACCCACAUUAGCAGCUUUAUUGAAUUUCCCGAUUCCUAAAAACUCACUUGGUGUUAUUGCCAAAGAGAUACUCGAGAUUUGGCCCGAAAACCAGAGAAUUAAAAUAUUAUUAGAGAAUUGUGCACAGAUUAUGAACUUGUAUGAAGCAAAAUAUGGACCAUCCGGAAAAGUCUGGUCACAAUGGGAAAAUUUACAAGCUAAACAACACCCAAUUGCUGAUUAUUAUGAAUUUCUUCAGGAUAUUCAAUCAGAAAUGGCUUCUUCAGCAACAAAUUAUGGUUAUAAAGACAUAUAUGCCGGUGCAUUAAUAUUAGUAAUUACUGCUCUAGCUGUGAUUGUGGUGUUUAAUCGGUAUUUUUUGACAGCAUCAAAUAUGAAUAUUUCUUCAGUGAUGUUUUAUGAAUUGUUUGUUGUUUUGUAUUCAUUGCAUUUCCAUGGAUCAUCUUUAAUCGAAGAAGAGCAUCAGAUUUGGUAUUUUUUCACAACAGCAACACUUUUGUUUUUAGCAAUUACCUUUUUUGAUACAUUUAAAAGUUUACAAAAUUUUAUUUCCUUUGGAGUUUUAUUUGCUUGUAUUAGAUUUAUGAGAUCAUGGAACAAUAGUGGUCAAAAGUAUUCUUCUCAAUACAACAUUGCUUAUUACUUGUCACAUUCUAAUCCAAAUUUAAUGUGGGGGCUUAUAAUUUUAACCUAUUUUGUGCUUACUUUGUGUAUAUACAUACAAGGAAGCUUAGUGCCAACAUUUGCAUUUUCUUUUGGGAAACGAUUACCAGAUGUGAAAGACCCUGGUGGGUUGAUUUCAUUUAUUGUUGUAUUUGUGGCAACUUCAGUGUCAUUCCUGUUCAAAUUAUUGCAAUACUACAUUGAUGGUAACACAAUACCAAAAUGGCUCAAUAGAUUUCUUUUGUGGAUUAUAGAAUCACAUCAUAUAGAUUUGUCAAGUGCAACUCUUGAAGAUAAUGAAUUGAAGUUUCAAUUACAAAGUGUUAGUAUCCAAUUAUCAAAAUUCACCACAAUUAUUCUAUUGCUAUUGGUGAUUUCUCGUGUGAUAAUUGGCAAAAUCAGAAAAAUCCGUUAUGGAACAAUCACUGAUAUUACAAACAUUAUGACAAUUUACCUUAUACAUCAAACUAGACAUGAAAAUAUCCCAAUUUUUUUGGCAUUGAUGUUUGCCAAAUUUGCUUUAUCAAAAUUAAUUUAUCGCAAGACCAAUCGAAUUGAUCAAUAUAUUUUAACAGUGACAAUGACUGUUCUUUGUUUACAAAAUUUGACUUUUUUCUGUAUGGGUAACACAAAUCUGUUAGCUACUGUGGACUUGUCAAAUGCAUAUAAUGGAGUCAAGGCAUACAAUGUGUUUUUGGUGGGGUUAUUGACCUUUGUAUCGAAUUUUGCUGGACCGAUUUUUUGGUCACUUUCAGGAUUACAACUUCUUUAUGAACCAAGUUUAUUGAAUUUCAAUGGACCAGCUACUACUGAUUUAUUACAUUACACUGGAUUGAAGAAAUCAAUUUUAUUAGUCAAAUCAUUGAUUAGUUUGUUUUUCUACACCGUAUCAGCAGUAAAUUUAGUUGGAUCUUGUAUUAACUUGAGAUUUCAUUUAUUUAUAUGGACAGUUUUUUCUCCCAAAUUGUUAUUCUUUGGCAGUUGGAUUUUAUUUGUCAAUGUAUUGAUCGAUUUAAUUUUGGCAGUAAUAGUAUUGUUGUUUUAA